AUGGUUGUAAGUUAUCCGAUAUGUGUGCCCUCACACUUGCCUUCGGUUUUCCGCCUUUUACCUCCCUGCCUGCCUCCACCAGACAAUGACGGUCGGAAACUCUACGUCGUCAGAAUGAACGACGCGCCGCCCGUGCUCUCCUACGAGGGCGGCAUCGCCGGCUUCGACGCGACCGCGCCGCCGCCAAUCGCGGAGGCCACGCAGGCGCUCGCCAAGUCGCUGAUAGGCGCCGCGAGUGCGAUGAUGAGCGGAUUGUCACGCAACGGGCUGCUGCGGAAGCUGCGAAACCGCGUGCGAUUCAACGCGCGGUCGCCGCUGGUGAAGAAUUUCGUGAGCUUUCUCAAGAAGCGGCACAAGAGCGCCGUGCAGAAGGCGGAUAUCAGCUCGUCGCAGAUCGUGCACAGCUACACGUACGUCACCAACUCGUUCACCGCGCGCCUAUCGCCGUCCGAGGUCGAGCGCCUGCAGAGCGAUCCGACGGUGGAGGACAUUCGGCGGCCCGGCUUAGUGACGGGGUUCACGAGCAGCGCCAUGGAUUUCCUCAACGUGCCAGGUGGCACGUGGCCAUUCGUCGGCGGCCCGGAGCACGCUGGCGAGGGAAUCGUCAUCGGAAUCGUAGACACGGGCAUCUGGCCGGAGCAUCCCUCGUUUGCUGACGAUCCCACGAAUCCAUACGGAGUGCCACCAAAGACGUGGAAGGGCGGGUGCAACGCGACGGACGAUUUCCCGCCGUGCAAUUCGAAGCUCAUCGGCGCGCAGUGGUAUGUCGAUGGGCUGCUGAGCGAACAAGACCCAACAGACGUAAACUCGCAAAUCGAUUGGAUGAACGAGUUCCAGUCACCUCGCGACGCUACUGGCCACGGCACCUGGUGUGCGGGAGCCGCAGGGGGCAACAGGAACAUCCCCAUCAUGCGUGGCAGCCAGUCAUUGGGCAACGCCACGGGUGCGGCGCCGCGCGCACGCCUGGCGAUGUACAAGGCGCUCUGGAACACCCCCAACGGCGCCAUUGGCUCGUGGGCAGACGUGCUCGCAGCCGUUGAUCGCGCCGUGGCGGACGGUGUGGAUAUCCUGAGCCUCUCCAUCGGCGCGCUUCCUGAUUCUUACUUUGAUGAAGUGCCGCUGCUCAAUGCUGCCAGGGCGGGUGUGUUUGUGGUGCAAGCAGCAGGCAACAACGGCAUUCCGCCGCCCUACUCGCUCACGCCCGCCCUCAUCUCCGUCUCGCCCUUCACCCUCACCGUCGGCGCCAGCACUAUCAGCCGAACGUUCCCGCCCCUUGCCCGCCUCACCUUCGCAAAGAAGAGCCUGUAUGUGGACGGCGGGACGUGGCGGGGCGGCGACGACAGCACGAAGGACAAGGAGAUCGUUCUGGGCGUGGAUGUGAAGAGGCCCGGGGCGAGAGAUAGCGAAGCGGAGCAGUGCAUUUCAGGAUCGCUGGCAAGCUGGCUGGUGCAGGGAAAGAUGGUGCUGUGUGUAUCCGGAGGCAGCUCAGCAGACGAAAAGGCAUCCUUGGUGGCGGCUUCAGGUGGAGCGGCCAUGCUGCUGGCGCCAUCGUCCCCGUCUGCAACUACUGAGACGAUCAACUUUGACUUCCCUGCCAUCUCCAUGACCUACACGGACGCAUUCAGCAUCCGCCAGCUCAUCAAGGCCAACGCACCCUCCACGUGA